UUUUAUUAUUAACUUUGAUUUGAAAAAAAAGUUUUAGGGUUUUUAGUGUUUAUGUUGUUGCUAAACUUUGGAUGUAAAAUUUGAUGACCACAUUUUUAAUUUCCAAGAAUAGGAAAAUGAAGGCAACAAUGAUUGUUGAAAUCAAGUAUGAUGGAUAAGGAAGAUAUUUUGUGUAUUCCUUGUUAAUCUUGUUAUUUGUUAUAGAAGACAAUUCCCCUUCCCCCAUAGCCACAAUAAAUACGAAGCAAAGGAUUAUUAAUGCCUGGGUAGUUUAAGAUCAAUCUUUAUCAUACACAACAUGCAUGUAUCACAAUAUGAUAUAUGUUAGAAUUUGGAUGAGUAAUUAAAUUCACAGGUGUUGGCCUAUCUUUUACAUCUGACAGACUUGGCAGACAAUUGAAGGUACUCACAUAAGUCCAUGAUAAAAGUAUCUAAGUGAAAAUUGUAACAUUUACCGUUCCCGUGUUAGAAUGAAACGGUGUGUUUUUUUAUAUUUGUUGGUUUUUUUGAAAUAGAUGUUCCAUUUUUACGAAAACAUAAUAUAAUAGAUGUCAAGAUUUCCUCUUGUAGUAUUUCCUCUCUUUUGUUUGUUCUUCCAGCACAUUUUGAUGGAGUAAAGAUGAUCAAUAUCGAGCUUCGGAUUUAACCUUUUGACAAGGCACACUAACAAAAUCAAGAUUCAAGAUUUUGAAAAUUAAUUCUAAGACUUUACCUAAUCAUUUAUUAAUCGACAGUUAAUGAGUAAGUUAAUUGAUUUACAAAUGGUUGGAUAUAAUGAUAAGAUACAUUAUAUUUUUAAGGGAGAAUGUAAAUUUAAACUUUAGAAACGAAAAGCACGAACCCCAAACAUAGAUUGUAAAAUGAACAUAUAGGGUAUAAAAAAGAAAAGUUCUAUUUUGGCCACCCAUCUUCACAAAAAAAUAUAGAAAAAUAUUCUAUUUUGAUCACCUUACUUCAAAAACUUUUAAUUUCAUUACUACUAGGUUUUUUAAAAUUAUAUUGUUUGACUUUCCACAUAAUUAUUCAAUUUCCACGAAGCCAAUGAAACUAUAGAAUCUAGUUUACACAAGCACUUAUGCUGCUACGCAUCGUGCAGAUAUUGUUCGGGGUUUGACAGUUAUGCAUGGAUUGGGGAUUCUUUCUGCGUCACAUGAUGGUUCCAUCAUGUUAUGGGCACAAAGUGGCAAAGCAUUAAUGGUGAUGGUUGGUCAUACUUCCAUUGUCUAUUCAGUUGAUGCUCAUGUUUCCGGACUUAUUGUCAAUGGCAGUGAAGACCAUAUUGCAAAGAUAUGAAAAGACUCAUUUUGAAUUUCCACUGAAGUUGAAAGGUUUUCAGCCACGAAAUUUAGGUUGAAAUCGAUGUGGUUAAAAUAUGCCGACGAUUAGAGCUCCAGCUAAGAAGCAAACUACGACUUUAACGGUUGCAGUAAAAUGUAGACCGUUAAGUCAGAGGGCGUGCGGUCGCGACAUUGUUAGAGUAAAAAACAACAAGGAAGUGGUAGUGUUAGAUCCUGACUUAUCAAAGGAUUAUUUGGAUCGCAUUCAAAAUCGAACCAAAGAGAAAAAGUAUUGUUUCGAUCACGCCUUUGGUCCUCAGUCUACAAAUUUGGAUACCUACCAGAAAUGUAUAUCUACUAUAAUCUCGGGAGUUGUACAAGGUCUUAAUGCAACUGUAUUUGCCUAUGGUUCAACUGGAAGUGGUAAAACUUACACAAUGGUUGGGACACAGCAUGAUCCUGGACUCAUGGUUCUGAGUUUGCACACAAUUUUUGAUCUUAUUAGAAGGGAUAAGAGCUCUGACGAAUUUGAAGUUACUUGUUCCUAUCUUGAAGUCUAUAAUGAGGUUAUAUAUGAUUUACUCGAAAAAUCAUCAGGUUCUUUGGAACUUAGAGAGGAUCCUGAGCAUGGAAUAGUUGUUGCUGGGCUAAGAUGCAUUAAGGUUCAUUCAGCUGAUAAGAUCCUUGAACUUUUAAAUUUGGGGAAUAGUCGAAGAAAAACAGAAAGCACAGAGGCUAAUGCUACGUCUUCAAGAUCACAUGCAGUAUUGGAGAUUAUUGUGAGAAGAAAACAGAGAAACAAAUAUAAAAAUCAAGUCAUGCGAGGAAAACUUGCACUUGUUGACCUUGCUGGCAGUGAACGAGCUUCUGAAACAAACAGUACGGGCCAAAAGCUGAGGGAUGGUGCUAACAUUAAUCGUUCACUUCUUGCUUUAGCGAACUGCAUCAAUGCUCUAGGGAAACAACAAAAGAGGGGUCUUGUCUAUGUUCCAUACCGCAAUAGUAAACUGACAAGGAUACUUAAAGAUGGUUUGAGUGGUAACUCUCAGACAGUGAUGGUUGCUACAAUAUCUCCUGCAGAUAGUCAGUAUCAUCACACUGUGAAUACCCUGAAAUAUGCAGACAGGGCAAAGGAAAUAAAGACACACAUCCAGAAAAAUAUUGGCACAAUCGAUACACAUGUAUCAGAUUAUCAACGAAUGAUUGACAGCCUUCAGAUUGAAGUUUGCCGAUUGAAGAAAGAACUAGCAGACAAGGAAUCACAGUUGAGUGUCAAACCAACAGAAACGACUGCUGAUGAUGAACUGUCUUGGUUAAAUGUCUUGAGCCAAGAAAUCAGUGAAAAUGUUCAGGAACGUAUAAACUUACAGAAGGCACUGUUUGAACUUGAGGAAACCAAUCUUCGAAACCGCACUGAACUUCAGCAUCUUGAUGAUGCUAUUGCAAAACAACCGGUUUCUGAAAAGGAUGGUACAGUUUCUGAAGCUCUGAGAGUGAGGAGGCAAGAUAUUCUUGAUAACAUCCGUGACAAUGAUGAGGCUGGUAUUAAUUACCGAAAGGAAAUUGAAGAAAAUGAAAAGCAUCGUUGCCAACUCCAAGGUAUGAUUGAGGAAGCAAUCAGUAACAAUGGCAAUAAAACUUACUUGCGCAUACUCAGUCAAUACAGACUCCUGGGGAUGGCUAAUACUGAGCUUCAGUUUGAAAUGGCAAUGAGAGAACAGAUAAUCCACAACCAAAGAGAGGCACAAAGAAAUCUUUGGAACUUGAUCAUGGGGUUGGGACUUGAUGAGAAACAGAUAUUUGACCUUGCUGCCAAGCAGGGAAUAACGAUUGAAGAUUGGACAGUGACACGCUAUCCGGGGCUUUCAAACAGAGGGAAAUCACCCAAUUUGGCAUCUGGAGGGUAUGCUCCAUUCAGUUAUGGUCUUUCUAUAAACCAAUGGCGUAGAUCAUCUUGCAUCUACCAGAAUCAUCAACGUGUUGCUUCAAAGUCAUUUUCUCAAGACCGCUGGGACCUGUCUCCUACAUUUUGCCGGGAAAAGCACCAUAGUUUUUACUACUUACUAGCUCAUGAUAACUCUCCGCCAUGUGUCAGGUUCAGGAGGAGUAGUGAUAACUGGGUCAGUGGUGGUCAUCCAAUUUCUUGGUUUGGCACCCCUGAUAAGCUUCCCCGAGAUUUGCGGAAAUCAUACCCAGAGAUAACUCCUGUUUCAUCAUGCAAUGAAAUCUAUCUGCCAACUCCAGCUCUCGGUGCAGAUUUUGGACGGGCAAAAGGACAUUAUGAGGCAAAAUUUAUACAGCAAGGCUCCUCAUGAUUCAAUCAGUAGCAGCAGCCAAGACAUGGUCAAAGGACCAAUAGUCGGUCACGGUAGGACAGCCAAUGGUUUUUUGGGAUUUAUCCCGUCCGAACAAUCCUUUAGUACACACAGCCUGAAUCAUUCGGUCCAAAAUUCCAACCCCUCCAACCACCCAAGCCUUUCCUACAUUCAUACAUUUACUAACCAAAGCUUUAAAACUUAAGGCUGCCCCUCCAUUUUUGUAUAGCUUUCUUGUAUGUUGUACCUCAGUCUUUCUUUCCAUUGUUUUGUUUUUGCAUUCUUUUCUCUCCAGUGUUGAUGUAUAUACAUGAAUCAGUGCAUCAGAGUUGGCUUAGGAGGAAUUGGUAGCUGAAUUCUUUGUUUCCCCAUUGUGGAGAUUAGAGGGUUUAUAAAACCCAAGCUGCGGAUUGUAGGUUGUUUUUGUAACAGUAAUGUUUCAUAGAAAGAAAAAAACGUUCAAUCAAUUUCUUCAGUUAGAAUCUAAGUUACAAAAUGAACGACAAAAUAGCUGCCAAGAACUUGUUUGUAAUGUUAAUGUUAAGUGUUCAUUUUAUAUUUAUUCGAUGAAAUAAAGAUUGUGACCAGAAAUAAA